ACAAGAUGGAUGCGCCCAUUGAAAUCGAAACUAUCUUGCGUUCGUCUGCUAAAAUUAUACAAAAAUGAAUUUGAUAACACAUUAUUAACAUAGAAAAAUGAUUGCAAAUGUAUUUUCCAAGUUGAAACCCAUCAGAAGGCAGUUUGUAUGGGUCAGAGCAAAAUCUAGAAAACAAGAAUCAAGCAAAAAAUACAGUUACACUUUAAACUUACCAAAAACAGAUUUCCCUCUCAGUCUCCGUGAUGGGGAAGCAAAUAGACGUGAAGUAAAAAUACAGAAGUCUUCCUGUUUUGAGAAUCUAUAUGAAUGGCAACAAAAUCAGCCUAGAGACAAAGAAUUUAUUUUGCAUGAUGGUCCUCCCUAUGCUAAUGGAAAACCUCAUGUUGGACAUGCUAUAAAUAAGAUAUUAAAGGAUAUAACAAAUCGGUACAGACUUAUGAGAGGAUACAGGAUACACUACAAACCAGGCUGGGACUGCCAUGGUUUACCUAUAGAAAUGAAAGCUGUUUCCUCUAAAGCCAAACUCACUCCUCUACAAAUAAGAGAUAAAGCUAAAAAGUUUGCCCGUGAAGCCAUCACAGUCCAGAUGGAAGCAUUCAAGAGAUGGGGAGUAAUGGCUGACUGGGAUAAACAGUGUUAUUAUACAUUUGAUCCUCAGUAUGAAGCAAAACAGAUGGAAGUGUUUUACCAGAUGUAUGAAAAGGGUCUUAUUUAUCAAGACUUCAUGCCUGUUUACUGGUCUCCAUCUUCAGGGACAGCCUUAGCAGAAUCAGAAUUGGAAUACAAUCCAGAUCAUAAGAGUAAAUCUGUAUAUGUUAGCUUUCCAGUCACUAAAUCAUCAGAACAACUUGAAAAUUUCAUUGGCUGGGCUGGAAGAGAUUUGUAUGCUGUAAUAUGGACAACCACACCAUGGACUUUACCAGGAAACAAAGCAAUAUGUAUUGGACCAGAACUCAGAUAUGUUUGUGCAGAAGAUCCAGAAAACAGCAAUAUUUAUAUUUGUGAAAAAUCAUUUGUUGAUAAAUUGUCAGAGUUACUUGGAAAAUCCAUCAGAGUCCUAAAUGAUUUUCCUGGUAGUGCCUUUGAUGGUGCAAAGUAUUCACACCCACUUACUGGUGAAGAGUUACCUUUCUUGGUUGGUAAGCAUGUGACUAUAGAAAAAGGAACAGGAUUGGUUCAUACAGCACCUGGUCAUGGGCAUGAUGAUUUUGUGAUUGCUAUCAAUAAUGGAUUAAAAGUGACAAGUAUGGUAGAUGAGAAAGGACAAUAUGAUUGGCAUGCUGGUAAAGAACUAGAAGGUAGAACUAUUGGUGUGGAUGCUGAAGAGAAAGUACUAGAACUUCUUGGUAACCAUAUAAUAAAAGUAGAGGAUUAUGUGCAUAAAUAUCCAUAUGACUGGAGAACCAAAAAACCUGUGAUAAUUAGGGCCAGUAAACAAUGGUUUGUCAGUACAAACAAACUUAAAACUAAAGCUUUAGAAUGUUUGAAUGAAAUCAAUGUCUAUCCAAAAUCAUCAGAACAUUCCAUGCAAUCAAUGUUAGGAUCAAGACCAUACUGGUGUAUAUCUCGACAGAGAGUCUGGGGUCUACCUAUACCAGUCUUUUAUCAUAAACAGACCAAACAACCUCUUGUGAAUAGAGCAACCAUAGAUCAUUUGAAAUCCCUUGUCUUAGAACAUGGUAGUGAUUGUUGGUGGAAGCUUUCUGAAGAGGAAUUACUUCCAACAGAUAUGUUAACAAAGAUGGGAUUAGGAAAGGCAUCAGAUUAUGUCAAGGGAGAAGAUAUAUUAGACAUAUGGUUUGACAGUGGAAUAUCAUGGGCUGCUGUUUUAUCAGGAGAACAGAAGGCAGAUUUAUAUUUAGAAGGCUUAGAUCAGUUUGGUGGAUGGUUUCAGUCUUCAUUGCUAACCAGUGUAGCCUUAACUGGCACUGCUCCUUACAAGUCUCUUCUUGUACAUGGUUUUGCUGUAGAUGAGGAAGGAAAGAAAAUGUCCAAAUCAGUAGGAAAUGUAAUAGAUCCUGAAAUAGUUAUAAAUGGAGGAAAGAAUAAAUCUAAGGAGCCAUCUUAUGGGGCAGAUGUUUUAAGACUAUGGUCAGCAGAGUGUAAUUUACAAUCAAAUGUUAUGAUUGGUCCAACCAUAUUGGAAAAGUGCAAUGAAGAAAUGUAUAAGAUAAGAAAAGUUCUGCGGUAUUUGCUAGGUAAUGUUAAUGAUUUUGACAACUUGUCUUUAUCAAUGCAUCAGCUGUGGCCUCAAGACAGAUACAUGUUACAUCUGCUUCAUCAGUUUGGAAAACAGGUGUCUGGACAUUAUGAUGAGUAUAGAUAUGGUAAAGUUAUGCAAACUGUGGAAAAGUUUAUCAAUAUUGAAGUUUCUAAUUUUUAUUGUAGUAUUAUCAAAGACAGGUUAUAUUGUUCUGAUAAAGAAUCUCUGAGACGUCAGUCUAGUCAGUUUGUGCAGUAUCACAUUAUCAAUGUUGUCAUGAGAGCCCUAGCACCAAUAUUACCUCAUUUUGCUGAAGAGUUAUAUCAAUAUUAUCCAAAUUUAGAGCAACAUAAAGAUGACAGUAUUUUUAAAGGUGGUUGGUGUGACUUAGAUCCUAACUGGUAUGACAAAUCAUCAGCCAACCUUAUCAAGCCUGUGUUAGAUAUCAAAGACCACUUAAAUAGUGUCAUUGUUUCUGAAAACCCUGUAGAGUUUGAUGUUAUAAUUUAUGCUAGCCAUCUUUUAUAUGAAGUUUUAACAAAUUUCCAAAUGGAAGAGACUUCCUGUUCAUCGCCAUUGACUGAAAUAAUGCAGACAUCUUAUACUGUGAUAACUAAAAAGCCAUUACCCACAAUUCCAGAGGAUGUUUCAGCAGAAGAUGGAGUAUGUAAUGUUUAUGUACAAGAAGAUAUAAAACAACCAGAACAGUAUAUGUUAAUUAUAUCAGCAGCAACACAGAAUAUGUGUGAACGUUGUAGAAGAUAUACCUCAGAUUCAGCUAAAACACCAUGUGAAAGAUGCCUUAAUGUCAUGGCAGGGGAUUGGAAAUGAACAAGUGUUUAUAAAUGACUAUAUUACACUUGUCAUUGCUUAAAGUGGGACGAAAUUCAAUUGUGUAUACAUAAAUGACGGAUUAGUGUGUUCAAAUACCUAAGAGCUCUUUUUUGCUACACAUAUCAUCAUUGCUAGUUGAACAUUUUGUGUUUGUCAAUGGCUGUUUGGUAUGUUAUGAUUGACAAAUAUUGUUUUGAAACAUUAAGAUAGGGUUGAUGAAGUAAAAUAUACAUCUUCUUGUUUGUUGUAUGGGGCAAUCUCUCGCACCUGAUUGAGUUUUCCCUGGGCACCUUACAUGACCAAUAAAUUUUGAGUUGAACAAACCCUUAUAGAAUUUUAAAAGUGUCUAAUAAGUCAAUUUAAUGGCUGGAUAUUGAUUGAAUGUUUUAACUGAUGAUAUAUAUAUAUAUUGUGUACUUUAUUAUGUCAAUCAAUAUGUGACACUAUAAUAAAAUAAAUUUAUCUUAUCUAUACACAACUUUUCAAUGUUAUGUUUGAACAAAAAUACCAAUGUUGCAUAGAAAUACAUACAUUCAACAUUUUAUUCUACUUAUCAGAUAAGCUCACAAAUGCAUUUAAUUUCAGGGCCAAUACCAAAGUUAUACCCAUUUCAUUUAUAAAGAUGUAGGGGAAAGUAUUACAUCAUCAUAUAAAGUAUAAAACUCUGCUGGUAUUAUAAUUUUGACUUUAAAAAUUAUGUACAAAAAUAGCUGACAAUAAUUACACUAAUUUCCUAAAACAUCCUAAUUUCAAAGAACUGAAUGCUGUUUUUGCAUAAACUAGAAAUUUGUGUUGAAUUAGAGGCCUGAAAAAAACAAAGACUCUUUUAGUUUUAACAGUAUUAUCGACUGUGUCGAUAAUUUCCAUAUUGUUAGAUCUGUUCUGAAUUUAUAUGAUAUGUGCCAUCAGGAAUUAAAACUAUUUACAAAAAAUGUAUUAUUGUGAAUGAUUUACAAUAUAUAUAUAAUAUAUUUGUACUAGUGGUUUGUGCUAAGAUUUCAGAAAAAAUAAAAAAUAAUUUUAA